AUGAAGCUGAACGAAAAUACAGUGAUAUACGGUCGAGGUUUGACUUUAAUCCCUUACUGUAAGGAGCAUGUACCCAAAUAUCACAACUGGAUGGAAGAUGAGGAGAUACAAAAAACCACAGCCACUGAACCCCAAACAUUAGAAGAGGAGUAUGAAAACCAAUCCAUGUGGUUGAAGGAUGAGGACAAACUAAUGUUUAUCAUAGCUGAAGGGAGAGCCGUAGAGAACCCAGAGCAGCAAAUUCAAUCCAUGAUCGGUGAUGUUAACUUGAUAUACAAUGAAGAAGAGAAAGAAGGUGAAAUUAAUGUGAUGAUCGGGGAACCGAGUGCUAGGAGAAAAGGAUUAGCUAUUGAAGCUAUAAAAAUCAUGUUGACUUAUGCUUAUGAUCGAAUGCCUUUGAAAAGAGUGUUCGCUAAGAUAGGAGAUGACAAUGAGCCAAGUAUACGUCUUUUCAAGAACAAGUUGAAUUUCCUUGAAGAAUCGUAUUGUAGUCCCUUCAAGGAGUUCACAUUUGCUCUUGAGAACGAUGAGCUAGAAAAGUUCAUGUCCAGCAUAAGCCGUGAUACUUACGAAGUACAGAAGAAGCAAGCGGAUUAG